AUGGACACCGGAAUCGUGAGCUUGAAGGCCAACGAUGCAUGGCUGAGCCAUGCAAGAAGAUCAGCCCUCUGUGCUUCUUCAACAAGGAAGCAGCUCCGGAGCCAAAAAUUUCCCUUCAAAAACAACAAUACUCUCCGCUGCAAGAUCGCAGGUUUCGAAUCUUCUGUAGCAUCCUCUCCUCCUGCAGAAAUCGACCACCAAUUUCAAAAAAUAUCCGAGGCAAGUUUUUCUGCAGGUUCUUCUCCUCCCACUGACGAUCCAUUCACUAGAAUGACCAACCAAACCAAAACCCUGUUUUUGCAGGUUCUUCUCUCACCCAACGUGCCUGAUCCCAAGAACGUCGCGGCCUUCAUUCUGGGCGGAGGCACCGGUGCUCAUCUUUUCCCUCUCACCAAUACAAGAGCUGUGCCUGCUGUUCCCAUCGCGGGAUGCUACAAGAUCGUUGAUAUCCCAAUGAGCAACUGCAUCAACAGCGGCAUCAACAAAAUAUACAUCUUGACGCAGUUCAAUUCCACCUCAUUGAAUCGUCACAUCUCUCGAACCUUUGGUGAUGUCGCCAACUUUGGCGGUGGAUUCGCAGAGGUGUUGGCGGCUACACAAUCUCCCGGCGAAACCGGUAUGAAUUGGUUCCAGGGCACAGCUGAUGCCAUUAGGCAAUUUGCUUGGGUGUUUGAUGACAGGAGGAACCAACACAUUGAGCAUGUACUAAUUCUGUCCGGCGACCAAUUAUACCGCAUGAACUACAUGGAAUUGAUCGAGAAACAUGUCGAAACUGGUGCUGAUAUAACUAUUUCUUGCAUUCCUGUUGAUGCAAGCCGGGCAUCUGACUAUGGACUCGUGAGAGUUGAUAAGAAUGGUCGGAUUACCGAAUUUCAAGAGAAACCGAGGGGUGAUGAUUUGGAAGCCAUGAAGGAUGAUGGCUCCUUUCUCAGAUUGUCUCAUAAAGAUACAAACAAGUACCCCUAUAUCGCAUCCAUGGGGAUUUAUGUCUUCAACCGAAAGGCACUUCAAAGACAAUUCAUGAUGAGAGAUGGGAGAGCAAAUGACUUUGGACAGCACAUCCUGCCUUUCGCCGUGAACUACUUCAAUGUUCAGGCAUACAUGUUCCAGGACUAUUGGGAGGAUAUUGGAACAUUACAAGCAUUCUACAACGCAAAUUUGGCACUCACAGAACAGCCUCUGAAGUUCCAAUUCUACGAUCAAAGAAAACCUAUGUACACAUCUCCUAGGUAUCUACCGCCAACUAAAAUCGACAAAAGCAAGAUGCGCAGUUCGAUCAUUUCUCACGGAUGCUUCUUGUACAAGUGUGACAUUGAACGAUCGAUCAUCGGAGUACGAUCACGUAUCAGUGCCGGAGCCGAAAUAAAGAACACUUUGAUGUUUGGCGCGAAUACUUAUGAGACCGAUGAACAAAUUGCCUCCCUAUUGGAAAAGGGUAUGGUUCCUAUUGGAGUGGGGCAAAACACAAAAAUCAGGAACUGUAUCAUCGACACAAAUGCUAGGAUAGGCCAGAAUGUGGUCAUUGCUAACAAAGAUGGCGUCGAAGAGGCUGAUCGAUCCAGCGAAGGCUUCUACAUAAGAUCUGGAAUCACAAUCAUUUUGAGAAAUGCUACUAUCAAAGAUGGAACUGUGAUCUAG